AUGCCUCGCCGUCUGCAAUUCCGUCAGUUCUCGAAGACGUUGACCACGAAGCUUCGCCUCGCUGGGCUCGGUAGAGGUCUACGCUCUCUGGGAAAGGGCAUAUCCCGUAUACCCAUCGACCCCGUCAUUGUAGCAGUCGAAACUGCAGGCAACAUGGGUUCCUCUGUCCCUGUUGUGCAGGGAAUCUCGUCGGCGGCUGUCUCUCUGCUGCAGCGCGCGCAGGGGGUAGGGCGGAAUCGCGAGAAAUGCAAGGCGCUUGCCGCUCUGGCGGAAAGCGUCGCAUCUGCCGUGGUGGACGCAACUGGUGAUAUUCGGAACGUGGGGGACCUGGACGAGAAGACACUGCUUAACCUAGCCGAGCUUGAAUGGCGCAUGGAACAGAUCGCCAAAACCAUGACGCGUCUAGAGAGAAAGCCGGUCUGGCGCAGGUUCUGGCACAAGGACAAGCACGAUGAGGCCCUCACCGAACACAAGGAGAGCUUGAAGCACGCGCUGAGGAUUUUCCAGGGCACCGGGAAAUGUGCCUACUGGUACGAGGGGCUCGGCGAGGACACAGCGGAGCUCAUGAAGACGAUCAAGAACUCUGACGACCCGCUCCACCUAAUCGACCCAGGAAAACUACUGUACCCGGAGAAGCGCAAUCGCAACCCGCCGGAGCGCGGCCACUGA